CAUUUGAGAACUAUUUGUUGUCAUUUUUACUAUUUCGAUUCGAGAAUAUAAUUAUAACGAUGAACGGAUGGAUUACGUAAAGUUGAUACUAAAACACUACAUCAAGAAAAUAAUGUUAAAAUUACGAUUUCCAUAAUAUAAAACUUUAAUGAAAAGCUUUGGAUGUUUAAUUCGAUUGUAGUACAUCAGCUGCGCAAAUAAUCAAUGGCAAACAGAGGAAACGGAGAGUAUGUCGCUGAAGACAACAGUACGGCUGAUCUAAUGUUUCAAGCAACUUUAUAUAAUAAUGUAGAAUUGCUCGAGAGCCUUUUAACAUUAGAAAAUCAGGAAGAGUAUAUAAAUGAACAAGACUCAUAUGGAAGAACGGCUCUACAUAUAGCUGUCAGUAACAACAAUUUAGAAAUUGCCUAUAUGCUUCUUCAGGCUGGUGCUGACCCAAACAUUGCUAGCGGGGAAUAUUCCCAACAUAUGACACCUCUACAUUGCGCUGCAGAAAAGGACAAAAAGGAUUUUGUUGAGUUAUUAUUAAGAUUUGAAGCUGAUCCGAAAACUGUAGAAGGUAGAGGUAAAACAGCUUUAGAAUUAGCGACAGAAGCCAAAAAUGUUGAUACUGUGGACAUUCUAACCAAAAAUAUAGAGGCUAAAAAGCAAGAGGAAAGAAUGCUUGAAGACGAAUUAUUUAAAGAAAUUCAAGAUGGUGAUUUAGAAACAUGUAAACUGCUGGCUUAUCGUUUGAGCCCUGAUCGGGUUGCGGACAUAAUUAAUAGGCCAUUAAAUGAUGAAAGAACUUAUAGUUUCUUACAUAAGUAUUGCGACAUCUCAGACUUCUCAUUCGUUGAACAGCUUAUUAAAUGGGGAGGCGACUUUUCAUUUCAUCCGAAUACACAUAUCACUGCACUUCAUAUCGCUUGUCAAACUACGCCGAAUAUGCAAAUAUUAGAUUUAGUUUUAUCCAAAUUUCCUAAGCUUGUUCUCACAACUACCUCUGAUGGUUUCUUACCGAUACAUAUUGCUUGUUAUGAAGGAAAUACUGAGACUUUGGAGAAGCUACUGUAUUAUGAUUACCCUUCUGAAUUAUUAUCUGUACAAAAAUUUAAAUCAUACAAGUAUACCCAUGCUUUCAAUGUAAAUUCUUUAACUUCAACUGGCUACACUCCACUACAUUUGGCUGUAAUGAACAAUAACUUGGGUUGUGUCAAAGCUCUUUUCAAUUUUAAUGUACAACAACUAGGCGAUGAAGAUGAGAUUUUUUGCCCCGUCGACAAGGAUUCCAAUAUAGUUUUAUUAGCGUUGAAACAAUCAGCAGAAUAUGAUAUUAUUAAAUGUCUGUUAGAAAAUGGAAUCUCCCCCUGUACAUCAACAACAAAAGACGGAGGUAACCCCCCGCUUAUGCAAGCGUUCAAUAAUAUGAACGUCGAUUUAAUGGAAUUGCUGCUGGAGUACGGAGCUACAGAUGAACACAAUGAAGUCUUAAGGAAAGCAAUCGCAGCUAUGCAAUCGUCUCUUCCGUCUAUCAAUCAAGAAGUUAUAGACGACCUUCCGUGCAGAAAUGCUCUCAGUAUUCUAGUCAUACAAUUUUCGCAUAUAGAUCGUGAGCUGCGAUUGAGCAAGCGAACAAUGUUGGAUUCUUAUCAUGAACUUUUAUCGCCUGAUACAGAACAAAAUAGAAGUUCAAAGCAAAUCGUUCACCCCGUUGCAAUUAAUUGGCACAAAUUAGGUUUGAAUUGGUUGCAAUCAAGCUGGUUUGCUACUUGUGCUAAAAGACAUAAUCAAGGUUUAGUAAGAGAUUCUGCUACCUUAGCAACCAUUACUCGAGUGGACUUGUCAUCUAAUAAACUCUCUUUCCUACCUUUGUGCCUUUUCAGAUUGCAAUCAUUAAAAGUACUACAUUUAUCAAAUAAUAGUCUGGUCUCUUUACCUGAAGCAACUAUUUCUUACGAUUGUUUAUUGUUAGAAGAUUUGGAUUUAAGUAAAAAUUCUUUAAAGUCUUUACCAUCCCAUCUAUUUACAUUACCUAAUAUAAAGAGAAUGAAUGUUAGUGGGAACUGCCUUGAGUCCUUACCAUUUUCCAUGUGGUUAGCUCCAAAAUUAGAAGAUUUGGUUGCAUCGUCAAAUAGACUUAAAAAUUUACCGUUCGAAAGAGAAACAAACAGAGCUUCUCUGUCGUCCUUAAGUGACAACGACUGUCCUCAGCUAGUCGAUACGAUUGAGGAAGUAAAGAAGAGAAAAUCCUAUUGCGAAGAAAUGUUAACAUCGAUUAGUUUUUGGGGUUCAAAAGUUAGAGUCAGAAAUCCCAUAUUUGACACUGAUGAUUCAACACUGCAUUUGACCAAUUUAGACUUGUCACAAAAUGAUUUUGUUUCUAUACCGUACUGUCUUCCUUGCUUAGCACCCCAUCUUUGCAAGCUAAAUAUGUCAAAUAAUAAGUUGACCGAAAUAGGACCUCUCCAUCGAUAUCCGGCCUGUUUACGUGAGUUAAAUCUAGACAACAACCAUAUAGAUGACUCGAUCAUCGAUGGGCAGUGUGAGGAAGCUGAAGAGGAUAGAUGUUUCAGUCCGAAUAUAGGCCGUCUAAAGUUAAAUAAUACUCCAAUGAAAUCUCCAUUACGCCGAAAUAGAAUCUGUCUACAUCGCACUCAUGAACAAUUGGAAAGACUUAAACUUUUACGAUUAUCUGGUAAUAAGCUUAAAAGGAUUACACUUUUGAAGGAAGGAGUUUUAUCCUCUUCAAAUUCUUCCCACAUACUUAAACAGAUAAAAUCACCCAGCUUAAAGGCUAGCGAGAACAUGCUUUAUCCAUCACUUUCAUUUCUCGACCUGACAAACAAUUGUUUGGAAUUUGUUCCUGCGGAACUAUCUUAUCAUCUUGGUUUAAGCGAAUUAAAACUAUCAAAAAACAAUAUCAAAGAGUUGCCUCCAGAGUUAGGCUUAUUAAGGCGUUUGUGGUGCUUGGAGCUUGAUGACUGUCCAGUUCAAAAAACUCUUUUUUCAACACUAGGAGAUAAGGCGAGAACUGUAGCGAUUUUAUCUUAUUUGAAGUCAAUAAAAGAGGAAGCAACUCUAUACAACCGAAUGAAGUUAAUGUUUGUUGGAACGCAGGGUAUAGGUAAAACUUCUCUAUUAAGUCAGCUGAGAUAUUAUGGAAAAUAUUCGUCUCGUCAAAGCACGUUUUAUGUAAGGGAUUCACCAAGUCCAAGAAGGAGUUGGCAAGAGAGAAUGGGAAUGACAGAUGCUAAAAGCUUUAAGGGAGAAAAUUUAUCAACUGUUGGUAUAGAUAUUGGACAACUAACUUUUUCCAAGAAUGGUACUUCAAUAGUGCUAUCAACAUGGGAUUUUGGUGGCCAGCAAGAAUAUUAUGCUACACAUCAGUAUUUCCUCACGAAAAGAUCACUAUAUUUAGUUAUAUGGAAAGUAACUGAUGGUGAACAAGGCAUUAAUGAUCUAAAUCAAUGGCUUGUCAACAUACAGGCGCGAGCACCUAAUUCACCAGUUAUUAUUGUCGGAACUCAUUUGGAUAAAUUUAUGCAACAACAUGACACAAGAAGAUCAAAGAUAAUUUUAGAAGCUCUCCGAGAAGAUAUCCAUAAACGAUAUGUUGAUGUUGUAGAGCAAGAAAAAUAUGGCCUACCCAGAGUUUUGGGUAGGGUAGAAGUUGUGGCUUGUAGAAAACAUAAAAAAAGUAUGGAUGAGUUGUACAAUUUAAUUUGGAGAAUUGUAACAGAAGAGAGGGUUCCUGGUUCAAAGGGUGUUCGGUUAAUUGAACAAAAGAUUCCAGCAAGCUAUCUGCAUUUACAAGAUGCUGUUCAUGCUAUUGCUCAAGAUAGAAAGAAUGAAGGCUUAGAUCCAGUAUUGCAUGCUGAUCAAUAUCAUCCGUUAGUUAUGCAAAAAUUAAAUGAACAAAAGAAGAAAUCUUUUGACGAUCUUUCUGAAUUAAAUCAAGCUACUCAGUUUCUUCAUGAAAAUGGCGUAAUAUUGCAUUAUGAUGAUGCUAACCUCCAAAAUAUAUACUUUUUGGAUCCUCAAUGGCUAUGUGAUGUUUUGGCAAAUAUAGUAACAGUGAGAGAAAUUAAUAGAUUAUCUAAAUGCGGAGUUAUGAAAAUAUCUGAUAUUCAAGUGUUAUUUAAAAACUCAGCUUUUAAACCACAAGAUAUUAAAGUGUAUGUUAUGGACUUAUUAAGUAAAUUUGAAGUUGCACUUCUAUGGGAUGACAACAAUCUUCUUAUUCCAUCUCUAUUGCCUAAGGAGAAAGAUGUUCAGUGCGAUUUACCAUUUACCGAUAUCAGAAUUCCUAUAAAGGGAGGUUCCGAACAGAAAGCAAGAAUAGUUGAACCAUCGCAACAAGCUGGCUAUGUCCUACCAGAAUCUCCAUACUAUUGCGGUAAUUCAACUUUUUACAAAAAGCCGCGAGAAGAAGUUGAUAAUGUGUCAAAAAGUUCAGCCGAAUCAGUUGAAUCCACUGAAGCAGCCAGCAAAUCUGAUACCCUUCAAGUAUUUACAAAUGAAAAUCCGGUAAUGGCUAUUUGUCGAUUAUACUUGAUGUCUUAUUUCCCAAGCGGGUUUUGGCCAAGAUUAAUUACUAGGCUGUUAGCUGAUUCUAGUUUCUAUUCAGUUAUUCAAAGUAUAUAUCCUCAAACUCUUGAGGAUGAUAUUAUUAAAAGACUCAGCUGUUCUGAAAACGGAUCUCUUAGAUCUCCUGAAUGGAAAUGUUGGCAAACCGGUAUAGAAAUUUACUAUUAUGGAGUGGCUGUUGCUAGAGUUAAAGAAGUUACAUCCGAAUCGACGACACUGUGCGAUUAUAGACGCUGUCAUUUGCUUAUUCAUCCUGAUUCCGAUGUUGAAUGGCGGCCAGUUGACUUAUCCACUAGUUCAAUAUUAGAAGUUUUCAUUCCUAACGAGUGUCUCAAAAUUGGAACAAAACGAUCUCCUAUACAGAGUCCAUCAUUUGAAAGAGAGGAAUUAGACGAAGACGUUUAUGGUUUUCUUUAUCCAGAUUCUCAGGCUGUUUCAUCACUAUUGGCAAAACUAGUCGAUCAUUUAGAUACUUUAUUAGAAGAUUGGUACCCUGACUUAGGUUCAAGAUUAGUUCAAAAUACCCAAGGAAUGUACCUGAUUACGCGCCUUAUACCUUGUCCAAGAUGUAUUCUUCAACAAGUCCAUCAGCAGCGCGAAGCUGACGCAAAGGACUGUUGGCAACUUUUAACAACAUCCCAAGGUCAUGUCAGCAGUCGACCCAUCUUUAUUCAAACAAAAGAUCAACAAAGGAAACUAGCCGCUAGCUAUGAUCCUAUGAGCGAUAUGUAUUUGGACGAUAUAGUAGAACCCAUAGUAGGAUCGGCACCAGCAAUAGGAAGUGCGGAGUGGGUUCAAUCAGUAGUAAAAACUGGAGUUAGUAGAGUUUCUAAUACAUAUAACAAGGCAGCUGAAUAUCUGGGCCAGUUAGAUACGCAAAAGCGCUACUUAUAUGCUCAUACAAUAGAGCAAGCAAUUGUUAUGAUUAACUUCGGUUUUAAAGAGACCGAAUGCCCCUUUCACGGUCUAUUAAAACUAGUAGGAAGCAAUGAAGGCUGUCAAUUAUCCACAUAUGAUUUGAAACAAAAAACUUAUUCAAUCAGGUGGCGAGGUGGCUUACGGCGCGAAGAGCACAAACGAAGCGUAUAUGCGCAUUUAUUUGAGCACUGCGUGCAUGCCUCUCAACACGAUCGAAUUGUUUACUGCCCACAGCAUGGCAAUCUGGGACCAACUUUUGUUGCUUCUAAUGAUGGAUACGUUCAAUCGGAGCAUGUCGCAUCUGAUGUGGUAUUUCAAGAUGUCCCCAAUGAAAAUAGGAUCGAUCACGAUCAAAUGGUUCGAGAAGAAUUUCUCGGUAGGGGUGCAUUCGGAGCUGUAUACUCAGGAAAAGUUUUUGAUAAGAAGAGUCAUAAACAAGCUGAUGUGGCCAUGAAGAUGUUGCAACCUGUUGAUCCAGGACCAAAUGUGUCAAAGAGUAUUAGACGCCAAUAUGAAAUGGAAAAGGCCAGAUGGACAAAGGAGCCCAUAAAAUGUGCUUGUGAUGCAUAUUUAAACGCAAGGAAAGAAUUGAGUAUUUUAUUGAGUCUUCGUCACAAUAAUAUUGUUCCUUUAAUCGGAAUUGCUGUGCGUCCUCUAUGCCUUUGUCUAAGUUUAGCACCAAGAGGUUCACUGAACAACAUUCUACAAUUAUUCAAACGAGCUGGAUGUCGCUUACCUGUCCAUGUUAUAAAGAGAAUAAUCACUCAAACUGCAUCUGCUUUACAGUAUUUACAUUCCUGCCAGAUAAUUUAUCGCGAUUUAAAAUCAGAGAAUGUUCUAGUUUGGUCUAUACCUGAUCCACAAACCUUGAUCUGUCCUGUUCAUGUGAAAUUGGCUGAUUAUGGUGUAAGUAGAGCUAUUCUUGCAUCAGGAACAAAAGGCUUGGCGGGAACUCCCCCAUUUAUUGCUCCAGAAAUAAUAAGACAUAACGGAGAAGAAUCCUAUACGGAAAAAGUCGACUGUUUUUCUUUUGGCAUGUUUCUAUAUGAACUAAUUGCUUUGAAGCAACCUUUCUUAGAUGGAAAUUCUGAGUUAAUAUCAGCAAAUCUAAAAGGUCACAUAUUGUCUGGGGGUAGACCAAGUUUAUCACCAGCUGAUUUAAUAUAUCCAACUUACUUACUGGACUUAAUGGCUCUGUGUUGGAGUCAAGAUCCAACCGACAGACCUUCAGCCAAAAAUAUUGUUGAUAUUGCCGAUUCAUCAGAAUUUUCACACGUCAGAAACGUUGUAAAGUUUCCUAAAUGUAAUGACAUUGGUUUUAUCAGUGUCACUCAAGUUCAAAAGAUAGAUAGCUAUGGAGAAAGUGAUGACAUAUCGCAAAUAUGGAUGUCAAAUUUAACAGAAACUAAUGAUUGGGAAGUGACUGUAGUUACCUACGAAGGCCAUGAAUGCUAUGGGUUAAGGCAUUGGUCUGUUGACAGUCAACCUGUCUCGAUGUGUACCACUGAAACAGAUGUAUGGAUAGCAUUUAAAACAGGUGUUAUUGAUAUAUAUUGUCAAGUCACUCAUGAAAAAGUCUACUCUUUUACACCUGACGAUUCUCAAUUCUGUUCUACAAUCGUUCAUGAUUCUGUUGAAAAAGCCGUUUACCUCGUAUUUGACUCUGGUCGAAUUUUCGUGUGCACCUCCGACAUCUCGGAGAGAUUGAGUAGCGCAAAAUUUUCACCUAUUCGCUCUCGAUGCACUGGGAGCGGAAGACAAAUUUUGAAAAUGAACGUAUUAAUUGAUGAGCAACAACAUUCACAUUUAUUCUGCGGUCAUUCUGAAGGUAAAAUGAGCGUAUGGAGUUUAAGAGAUAAAUCUGGUGCGCAAACAUUCCGACACGAUUCUAAGGAGAACAUUAAGUUAAUAGCAUCAUCAUCUCCAGAUGGCAUUUGGACAUGUUUAUCCUCGGCAAAGUUUGUUUAUAGGUGGGAUUUGCAUAAAAAGAUUAUUAGUUGCAGUCUCGAUAUAGAAAAAACAGCUGGAAAUGAUUCAGCAGUCUCAUGUUUGACAGCAGUCGGCAACUAUUUAUAUAUAGGUUUAAUGGAUGGGAAACUCCUAAUAUCCGAAAAAAAUACUUUAAGAAAUAUUAGUAUCAUAAAGACAUUAGGUGAAAAUCCGAUAAAAUGUGUUCUGCCUUUACUACCGUUAAAAGAAAAUGAAGCUGUAGUGGUAAUUGGAAAAGGAUAUUUAAAUAUCUUACAAGAUUAUCUUCCUACAAAUUCUCAGCAAUUAUCUCGUGACAAUUCAAACGAGUACUUUUAUUUUGUUAGCUUAUUAUCCAAUACCUGGAGAUGA